CAGCGCGGAGCUCCAGGCGCGCCUUGGCACAGACCGGCGGGCGCGUCUUCGCUCCGGGAUAGAAACCUGAGCGGUUGUCCGGAGCGAACUGGUCUCCGCUGGGGUUUAUUUUUUAUUUUUUGACCAGCAGCAACGCCGUCGUUCCCGAGGCGAAGGCAGAGGAAGGAGCCCGGACUGAGCCAGUUCCCUCGCUUCUUCUUCUUCUCCUCCUCCUCCCGCCUGCCUUGCGCUCUCUCCGCCGUCCAACUUUCGCCUCUUCUCCGUCUUCCCCACAAUCCCCCCAUGGCGGGCUCGUCGCCUCCCCCGGCUUACUCGGACCUCAAGCGGGGCUUGGAGAAGAGCGGCAGCGGCGCCGAGCUCCAGCUGAACGGCGCCGAGGAGAUCCCGGGCCCCGAGGAGGAAGAGGAGCAGCGCCCCCCGCCCAAAAACUAUUUGUGGCUGAGCAUUCUGUCCUGCUUCUGCCCCGCGUACCCCGUCAACAUCGCCGCCUUCGUUUUUUCGGUCAUGGCGCUAAAUAGCUACAAUCAAGGAGACAUCGAAGGGUCGAGGCGGCUGGGCCACACGGCUUUGCUGGUUGCCAUCGCGUCCAUCCUCAUCGGCCUCCUGAUGAUCGCGAUCCUCUGUAUUGUCCACUAUACUACGCACACCAUCUGAAUUCAGAGACGCGGGAUGUGAACGCUUCCCAUUCUUCAAACCCGUGACACGGGGUUCUGUCCCACGAAGAAAUGAAACCCACGGAUGCUCAACAAACCAGAUCCGGUUUGUUCGUUUUUUUUU